AUGGAACGCAGACACGGAUUGUUAGGGAUUUGCUCAGGUCCUGGCAGAACUAUGAUGUACAUAGUCUACAAUGACGAAUAUGCCGUUGCCUUCGAUAUUACGGACAUAAAAAUACUAAUGCAUGCGCUGGAAAUCAAUCCGCCUGCCAUGUUCAUGGAGAUGAUGGACGUUUUUAAGUGUAGAAAGAUGUUUAAAAGGAAGCUUCUUGCAAUAUUUACCACGCAAUAUCGCCAGCAUUGUGAUAUUUACAGGUGCCAUUACGACUUUUUGUCCAAAAGCAUAUUUUUUGGAAGAAAUUUGAAAGAAAAAAGGUACUGUUUUGAAGACUUUGAAAUUUUGGUUCUAGCUAUCCCGUGCUGUACCAAUGAUUCCUUCAGUUUUCUGAUAGAUGACUAUUUAAUUCUUGGAAGUGUAGUUUCCUAUCUGGGAUACGGUAAAUUUUAUAAAGGAACAACCGAAAAAUUGAAUUAUACGUUCAAAAAAUUCAGUACUAACGUGAAACCACACGUAAUAUGUUGUUAUGGACGUGAUUUUUCUCGGGCAGGCUACAGAUUUGCGUGUGAAUAUUUCGAAGUUCCUACCGAAUUUCGGAGCAAAAAAUUUCUUACGUUCGGCGAGGAACAAGUCUAUAACCCCUUUUUUAACUACAAGAAGCUUAUGGAUGAAGGUAAUAUAGAAAGUUUAAAUACACUGAUACACACUAGAAAUAGGCACAAACGUAUGUGA